CGUAACGGAAAAGUCGUCGCCUGUUGAAUAUAUAUUCAAAAAAAAAAAUAAUAUAUAUAUUCUAUUUACUUGACUCUCGCAGCCGCCUCUCGUCUCGUUUUUAUUUCUUCUUUUUUUUUCUUGUUAUGUUUGUUUUUGUUAUUGUUUUGUAUCGCAAGUUUACUACAGCAUAACAACAACAACAAUUGAACAACAAACAGCAGAGAAGGAAGGAAAAACCAUUUACGAAAAUAAAACGUACGGCCCAAAUACAUAAAUAUACAAAUAUAUACAUAUAUAUCUAUAUAUCUAUAUAAUGUAAAUUAGAGUGCAUGUAAUUACAAUCACUGGAUCCAGCAUUUUGAUCGCGCCUAACCAUUAGCCCAGUAAUGCAACAACCGGACAAAAGCCCGCAGCGCUAAACUAACCCAAGUCCCCCCAAAUCCCACCACACCAAAUCCUAGCGAAAAGACGCCUAAGGCGCAAAACCAUAAUUCCAAGAUGACUGAUAAUGAGAAACAUCAAAACAAUAACAACAACAAUAAUAACAACAAUGAGAAAUCCAGACUGAGGCUACCCGAUGAGCAUGAAGAACAGCUUCUACCCAAGAACGGAUCAGGGAGUCAAACCAAAAUACCGCCUCCUACCUAUUCCCAACCAAAUGCCGAAUCCCAGCCACAGAACCCAGAGAAGGGCUCGCAUUUGGUGAAAAAGAGGCGAGACAAGAGCGAUCUGGGUGAUGACUUCGUGGCGCCUGACGGAGGCUGGGGAUGGCUCGUGGCCGUCGCCAGUGGUGUUAAUAUUCUUGUAACGUUCGCAUUAGCCCAGCAGUUUGGUAUCAUAUUCAAAAUACGUAUGGCAGAUCUAGGGAUCUCCAGUUCUGAGCUGACAACUAUCAUUAACAUGCAAAUCGCCGUUUCUGCAUUUACGGGUCUUCUAAACGGCCCGCUUUUCCGACGUUACACAUAUCGAGUGGUGGCCCUUGUUGGAUCCGUCCUAACCUUUUUGGGCCUCUUCUGGAUGGUCUUCGCAGACACUUUCAUCAUCUACCUUCUGAGCUUCUCUAUCAUAUAUGGAUUCGGGCGAGGACUGACGGUAUCUGCCUCCUCGCUGGCGGUCAAUACAUACUUCAAGGUGAAGCGACGCACGGCAACGGCUUUCCAAUUCGGAGUGGCUGGAAUUGGACCCAUUGUUUGUCCGUUCUUUGCAUCCGAUAUGAAGACUGAGUAUGGAGUCAUGGGAACGACACUUCUCUUCGCCGGUGCCUCAUUGCAUACAAUAGCGUGUUCGUUGAUUUACCAGCCAGUCAAGUGGCAUGUGGUUAAGCGGGAUCGCGAUGCGGAAGCACUGCAGCCUGUUCAACCGUUGGCCGAGCGCGAGGAUCAGGACGAGGAUAUUAUCAAGAAUGUUGUAGAGCCAGAGACCCCAGUGCUACCACGUGCCAAUGAUGGUUGGUUCGGCUCCAGAGCCUCUCUCAACAGUGUGGGCACUCGUAAUCGUUUAAAUACUUGGGAAAAAUCAGAGGGCAAUGGUCAUGUGGAGCUCAAGAGGCUAAGUAGUCGAGACUCGAAUCCUGGACGACAGAUGCGUAGCAUCUCCGUGAGUCACAGCAUUAAAGAGGAGGAAACCCAUGGCAACAGUUCCGAUCAUGAGGAGCAGCACACCACCGAGCUAACGGAGAAGGAGAAACAAAAGCUGGAGGACGAAGAGGAGCGUCAACGCCGCAAGAAGCUGCCAUUCUAUAUGAAAGUUCUUAUAUUCUUUGAUAUGGAUUUGCUAAAAGACAUUACCUAUGUUAACUUAGCCGUGGGCAUUACCUUAAUCAACUUUGUGGAAAUCAACUUUGCCAUCCUGACACCCUUUAUCCUAGGGGAUCUAGGUUUUACAGAGUCUCAGACUACCUUUGCCAUGUCGACAUUGGGAUUCUUUGAUCUGGUUGUACGAUUCCUAAUACCAUUUAUCACGGCCAAAAUCAAUCUAAGCAAUCGAACCUUCUUCGUUGUGGGAAUCUUGGGUAUGUGCAUUGGCCGUUCACUGCUCUCGAUGACUACGAACUUUAAUGCCAUGAUGGCCAUAUUCCUAUGGUUGGGCCUAAACAAGGCCUUCCGCACGGUCUUCUGGUCACUUAUCAUUCCCGGCUAUGUGCCGCUGAAAAGAUUGCCAGCGGCUGCUGGUCUACAGCUGCUUAUGUCCGGCACCUUUUCGGUUAUAUGUGGACCUUUGAUUGGAAUGCUACGUGAUAUGACUAGCUAUGCAUUCACCCUUAACGUAUUGAAUGCCCUUUGCGUGAUGGCCUUUGCCGGUUGGUAUCUGGAGGACUUCAUCCGUGCUCGGAAUCGAAAGUCACCACCCGUGAUGCCAGAGAAGUCUUAAGCGGAUUUAAUGAGCAACUAUAAAGUUGCAUUCAAUGCCAGCAAUUCCAAGACCUACUCCGUUGCGCCCCUUCCUAAACACAUCCAUCCUAAAUUUAGCAAAAUAUUAUUCUUGUUAUCGCAUUUGCCAAGUGCUUAAUUUUUUUUUUUUAACUGUAUAUUUAUGUAAACUAUAUUCUGCGUGUACAUUGUGUAUAUACUAUUCGAGUGUAGCAAAUUAAUUGUAUUAAAUAUUGAUAAUUGUUAAUUAAUAUGCAUAAGCUGUCAAACAAAAAAAAAGAACUUAAAAUUUAAAAG